AUGCCGACCCUCCUUGAAGUCCUCACUCGACGCAAUCUAGAGGUCAACAGAUUCCAUCUCAAAUCCGGCGGAAACACAACGAUGAACACAAACAUAUCCCCACAAUCUUGGUACCCAUGGCCUGAAUUCAACUAUGCCAACCUGACAAAGGUCUUCUCUAGACAGCUGAGGUCACGCUAUGUAGGCCCCGAAAGGUUGGAGCAGCCUUUGCCGCAAGACCAGGUCCUGUUCCAUGAAGACACCUUGGAAGAUUUCCUGCGACGGUUCAUAGUCCCUGCCGUGAACUACUGCCUAGACCAAUCAGAAGGCCAGCCGCAUUUUGGGCGAGGGAGUCGGUGUGGUGGCAACGAGGACUGGUCCGUGGUAUCACCUAUAUGGUUUAGUCCGCCGGGAGAUUUUGCUAAUCGUCUGCCCGGGGAUACCAAGCAGAAGGUUGUGGCCCAAGUCCUCACUUAUAUGGCGGACAAUAAUUCGAGAUACGGGUUUAUUAUCACAGAUGAAGUCCUUGUCGUGCUAAGGCUUACUUAUAAGCGUACGGGACAAGGUAUAGCCGCUGAUCGUCCUCGACGGCAGGUUGCUACACCUACUACCGGGCAUCAGAGACAGGUCUCCGACAUCUCCAUGGCGUCUGGUAACACGUCGGGCCAGGAAUCGUCGUUUCAAGAUGAUAACCCUCUGGAUUGGGAGUACUACGACCCAGAAUACGUCGAUAUUCCAUGGUCCGCACAUGGGAAACGUCUUACCGUCAAACUUGCUCUCUGGUGCUUAGCUAUGAUGGCGACAAAUGGAGAUAAUUAUAUAGACUACUCGUACCCAACGUUGGACGGCUGGCUUGGAAGAGAGGAGGAAGCGGGGGAUAACAUUGCCUAUGUCUCCGAGGGUGUGGCAGGAAUUAAUGUUGUCGGCGAGUCUGGCCCGAUAUCCAGCCUGGCGGGCAGCGUCCCCGGCGACAAAGGUAAACAGAGAGCCAGCGACAAAAGCGAUCACGACGAUAACGAUAGCAACGAUAACAGUAGCGACGAUAACGAUAGCGACGAUGACGAUAACAAUAACAGAGAUAGGGAUGAUGGUAAAGAUGGUAAUAACGAUGGAGAUGGGGAUAAUAACCAAACUGAAGUUGGAGCCUCCCAGAAGCACGUACAGACUACAAUCAAAAGGCAUAGAUAUAGUAAGAGACUACGGUAUCAGGAUUAUAAGGGAAAUUAG